CGCGCGGGAAACAGACCAAUAUAAACUGUGGCGGGAGAUUCGUUUUCGGGUCCUUGUCCCGAGCAGCACCCUCCGCUGGGAAGCCAGUUGGUUGCUCUCCUCUGCUCGUCCGAGAACAUGGUGCGGACUAAGGCCGACAGAGUCUCAGGCACCUUCAGAAAAGUGGUGGCUUCCCGAGCCCCCCGGAAGGUGCUUGGUUCCUCCACCUCAGCCACUAACUCCUCGUCGCUUUCGUCGAGAAAAGCUGAAAAUAAGUAUGCAGGAGGGAAUCCAGUUUGUGUGCGUCCAACUCCCAAGUGGCAAAAAGGAAUUGGAGAAUUCUUCAGAUUGUCCCCUAAAGAUUCUGAAAAAGAGAAUCAGAUUCCUGAAGAAGCAGGAAGCAGUGGCUUAGGAAAAGCAAAGAGAAAAACUUGUCCUUUGCAACCUGAUCUCACAGAUGAUGAAAAAGAAUAGAACUUUCUUAUUCAUCCUUGAUUAUGUCUUCUGUUUAUUCUGGUAUUCUAGGAUGUAAAUUUGCAUUAAUGUAUUUGUUUCAAUUAUCCUUGCUGAAUAGGUAUUUAAUUAAAAAAACAGGACUUACAUUUAGUAAAUCAAAAGUAAGUGGUUAUGAUAUUGGAGAGUUUACAAGAUUAAUUAUGGUUACUUAGCUUAGUAUUCAGUCUAUGCAGUUAUGGUUUCUUUUACCUGUUAUUAGAUUCUUGUUAUUGCUAAAAACAAAUCAUUGUAUGGUAUUCUAACUAUGAAUCUGCUGUAUUUGAGAUUUGCUUAGAUCUUUGUACUGCUGAAAUUUUUAUUGGCAUUUGAUUAUUGGAAUGGUGCCAUGUUUUAUUUGCUCUUAAAAGCAGUUAGAUUUUUGCACAUUAAAAUUUUUCAGUAUUAAUUAAACUGAACCUAUACUUUUUUUUUUUUAAGAAAGGGGGCCAAAGAUGCAUUGUUGAAAAAAUUAGGAUGACUAUCUUUUUAGAAAAAUUUUAGGGCAAUUUGAUCCCCGAAGACUUAAAUGGUUGAUCAAAUUCUAACAACAAAAGGAAAAUACCUGUACAAAACCAGGCAGAAAGAUUCCAUAGACUACAUUAAAUGAGAGGCAUUCUCCUAGAAUAUGCAUUUGAUUUAGUGUCAUAGACCUUUGAGCCUAUGAUUUUAAAGUUGAAAAUAAAUAAAAAAUGAAAGGCAUAUCAUGCCAUAAACUUAGAGAUAUGUCUAAAGUCCUUCAAACUACCAUUAUAUUUUUCAAGAUAACUAAGGCUAUAAUUGAAGUGGUGUAUUACUUAGUGUUAGAUACUCUUCUUUCCUCAUUACACUUUUUGCUCACAUAUUGUCAAAAUUAACCAUGUUUUGAUAGGCAUGUUUUUUCUGAUUUGUUUUUAAUAAAAUAAUACUUAUUUUCACAAUAGGCUAUCCAUUUGUGGAUUUUCUAAGGUUAUAUCCUACUAGAUCCAUUCAUUCCUUCCAAAUACAAUUCAAUGUAUUGACCUGAUUUUAUUAACUUCCAAACCAAUGAUUGUAGAUCAUAUUUUUUGCUUUGUCUUUUAGAGAUGGGUACUGAACAAAAUGUUUCUGGUACUGAGCAGUUUUUAUUCAAAGUACUUCUUUGGUAAUUAGGCUUCUUAUUAAAGAGUAGCUCAAACCAAAUCUAUUAAAGUCAAAUUUUGAUGGGUCUGCAACAUUUGCUGUUUUCACUUACUGAGAGAAAAAUAUGGCAGUGUGCCCAGUGAAGCCUAAUUUUGAUAGGUGUUAAUUGAUAGUCUUUUAAAGUAUAUCUUACUUGAUGAUGUGUUAGUUAUUAUGCAGAGGUCCCAUAUAAUCUGUUUUCUUGUCAAAGCUUUUCAAAAAUGUAGAUUGCUCCAUAGGAACUAUAUAAAACCAAUAAAGUUCAAAUGAGUAAAACUUUAAAAAAUAAGCUAUUUUUUCUGAAAACAAACAAACAAAUCUAAAUUAGGCAAGUUAGCCUCUUCUAAAUAAGGGAAAUACAGAAGACUCCCUAUUUACAUUGAAAUUGAAUUAAGAAAUCAAAUUUAUAAGUUAAUAGCAAUAAGAUAAUUAAGUUAAGCUUGUAAUUUUUUAGUGUUCACAAAGCUUAUCUGGUUUUCCGUGUGUGUGCGUGUGUGUAGAACUGGGGUGUACACCAGAGGGGUGGAAGGUUGGGACAUGAGAGGAUUCAUCAGAGACAGAGUAGGGAGAACAGGUGGAUUUACUGAAAUAUACUGGUAAGGGAAGCAGCAGGUGAGACAGGAGAGAUCUGCUGCAGCAUAUGUGGGUCAGCUCCCUGGCCAGGGAUUGAACUCAGACUGUAGCCAUGAUAGCUCUGAGACUUAACCCAUAGGCCACCAGGGAGGCCGUUGAUUUUCCUCUUUGAAUGGAUUAUUCAAAUUACUAUUGCUAGUGAUAAAUUCCUCACUAAGCAAUGGUUAAAAAUACUUUUCUGGAACUUUGAAUGCUAGCAUAAUGUGAGGAUCAUAUGUAUUUUGUGUUUCCAUAGUUUCACAAAGGAAGAGCAAUAUUAUAGUAAAAAUUAGCAUGCUUAAAAAUAUAUUUACAAGAUGUCAAAUGUGUAUCAUUUUUAUUUCGUUUAAAGAUUUAUUUAUUUAUACAUACAAGAGCUGGGGUGCAGGCCAGAGAUGUGGGGGGGUGAGAGGAUUCACCAGAGACAAGAGUGGGGAGCAGAACAGGCAGACCUACUGAAAUACACUGUUGAGGGGGGCAGUAGGGUGAGACAGGAGAGGUCUGCUGCACUAUGUGGGUUGCCUACCUGGCCGGGAUUGAACUCAAACUCGUGCGGCAGCAGAGAACUUCACAGUGCUGAGACUUAAUCCUUUGUGCCAUCAGGGAGGCCCGUGUAUCAUUUUUUAAAAGAGAGAAAAUAAAGCUUAAAUUAACUGGACCUUAACCAUAUGUCUACCUAUAUCAGUUACAAAUCUCACUACACUGAGAAUCCUUUAGGGUAACUCACAUUUGGAAAAAUUGAAGUUUCAGUUGUGCCUUGGUCGAAUCAACUUUGGUUCCUUUUACCUUUGAGGAUAGCAUAUAGAGGUGGGAGAAAUCUUCACAGUCAAAACUGGGCAGAAUGUUAAAAUUCAUCUUGCUCAACCUAAGGCAGUAGCAAUUAUUCAUUAGAUGGUCUGGCUUUUUAGCUAACCACUUUAAUCGUGAAAAAUAUUAUUAAUUAAAAGUCUGAAUUUUUCUAACUCCUAUUUUUGUUUCUGUCCUUGAAAUAACAGAACAAGUAAUUUUUUCCACAUGUCCUUCAAGUAUUCAAAGAAAGCUGUCACAUCUUUAACUUUCUCUUCCUAAGAUAAACAUUCUAUUGUUUAUGUCACAUGCAUGUCUUUUGUGUAGUAUACUGCUUAACUAAAAUGGAUACAUUUCUCCUAGCUGAUCACAACAAUUCAUUAAUUAAACUCAAUACUAGAUUCUAGUUUUGGUAUCUUUUAUAUCUGGAGAGGUAAGUAGAAUUCAAGUAUUAAUUAUUUUAAGAAUGUUACUAGUUAAUGAAUAACAAUAGUGUUUCCCAAAAAUAAAUGUUAGAUACCUUAGUUCUUAAAUGAUUACAGAGCACAAUAAAAACAUGAAAAAAGUUUUCAAGAGACUGGGAAAAAAGGCUGAACAUCCCAUAUAAUCUUUAGGAUGACGGUAUUAUACUGACUAUGAGGCUAUUUGAUCUGGCAAUAUUUAUUGUUUCAUAUUAAGAAUAUGGAUCCUGGGCCUCUAUGGUGGCACAGGGGUUCAAGUCUCAGAGCUAUCAAGCUAUCGCCAGCCACUGCAGCAUGAAUUCAAUCUCUGGCGAGGGAGUUGACCCACAUGGUGCAGCAGACCUCUCCUGUCUUGCCCACUGCUCCCCUCAGCAGUGUAUUUCAG